UGCAAUAUGAAUGCCCAUUCUCAAAAGUAUGCCCCCAACAUCUUGUAGAAUCUAUACCACAAAGAACUGUGGCUGUUUUGAGAGCAAACACGGGCCCUACCCAGUAUUAGAAUGAUGCUCCUAAUGAAGUGCUCGGUGAGUGUACAUGUGUAUGUAAAUAUGUGCAUAUAGAAAAAAAGAGUUCCAGAGUGAGUUCAUAAAUACUGUUUUUGUCUGCUGCUGAAGCUACUGUAUAUAGUUGAUCAAAACCUGCUGCACUGAUUCUGGCGACUGUUGUGGCUGCGUGUGUCUAUGUUGAGGGGGACACUAGUGACAGCUGAGUACACAUUGACUGAAAUGACCUGCACAACCCCCCUCUUGUUCUGCCACGUCAUCCCCCUUCUUUCCCCACAUAAGAAGGCAUUGUCCACAAUCCAUUCUGAGGCCAAGUAAACAACAGGGGACCAGUCUGAGAGCCCUCAGGGAAUGAGGCAGCCAUUAAUAGCAACAGGAUUAGAAGGACUGAAGUUUUGUGGAGUCUUCAGGGGAACACAGGAUAAACAAAGCAGUAGUCUUCAUGAUUGAGCUGAGGAUGUCUCUGCAGUCUCUGAUGGUGGCUCUGAUUUUGGGCCUCAUCUGCCUCAGCCGCUGCCCUGGCAUGGCAGCCCCUGCUGGGGAGACAGAUGAUGAAGCUUUUGACAUGGAGAACUAUGACCUGAACACUGACAUGGAAUGGGAAAACCUGGACGUCAACAGUUAUGGAGACACUUACGAUUAUGAUGACUUGGACCAAGAGAUUGAGGUGGGCACUGUAGCACGAGACACUCCCUCACCUGCCACCCAGCCUGCAGCUCAACACUAUGAGGAGGGGGUGAGCCUGCCCAGCCUGCCUCCAGCUCCUGACUCCCUUGACUUCAUCGGACCAGGACUCUUUGGUCCUGAGACUGGCCUGGGCAUGCCUACCUGCCUACUGUGUGUGUGUAUUAGCGGGAGUGUGUACUGUGAUGACAUGAACCUGGAUCAGAUCCCACCCCUGCCCAAAGACACCACCCAUUUUUACAGCCGCUUCAACAAGAUCCGACAUGUCAAGAGCUCAGACUUUAUCAACCUCAAUAAACUCCAGUCCAUUGAUCUAACAGGGAACCAGAUCUCAGAGAUGGAUGAGGAUGUGUUCCACUCUCUGACGCAGCUCCAGGAGUUAUUGUUGGCUGAUAACAACAUGCAAGUCAUGCCUGAGCUUCCAAUCAACAUGAAAUUCGUAGAUCUGCGCAACAAUAAGCUGACCAGCCGUGGGUUACAUUCUGAGGGAUUCAAGGAUAUGAGCCAGCUGGAAUUCCUCUAUCUGUCCAAUAACAAGUUGGAUUAUGUCCCUACACCACUGCCACUGAGUCUGAGAGUGUUACACUUGCAGAACAACAACAUCCAGUCUUUGCAUGAGGACACCUUCUGUAACCUCCAUGAUCGUAACUUCAUCCGCCGUAACCUGGAAGAUAUCCGUCUGGAUGGCAACCCUCUCAAUAUCAACCUGUUUCCCCAGGCCUACAUCUGCCUUCCACGUUUGCCUGUAGGGAGUCACUGACAGCUACCAGACACCAUAGUUCAGGCCCAAGUAGAUAGAAAUAAUAUAAGAGUAGAGGCGGUUUUGUGUGAAUACUGGUAGUGUGGGUAAAAUUAUAUGGGAUUUGAGGGUUGUUUACAACACUACAUGGUUUGUCUAAAUAUUCAAUGCUAGUUUAUGCCAACAAUCUAUAGAAUUUGUAAGAAGGAAGCGUGUGAAACAUCAUGCCUGACAAUGAUUUUAUUGAUUGAAUGAUUUUUUUAUUUUUUUUUAAAUCUCUGUUAAUUGAUUUUCUGGCUUUAUAAAGUCUUAUACAGUUGUAUAUGGUUAAUGUGUUAGCAAACACUUGGCUAUUCACACUACCAGCAGACACAGAGUAACAUUAUUAUUAAUUUGGGAGUUAUGCUUGUGUCCACCUGAUGAAGAAAUUAACUGUUAAAUGGUCCAUUGUAUUCAUGAGCUAGUCACUAACUUUGUCAGUUUGUUAGUUGGUGCUGGGUAGGUAGUGGAUAGUAUAUUUAUCAGACAUUUUUGACUGAAAACAUAAGCGUGGAGUAUGUAGAAACCAAAACAAAGAUCUGAAAUAGGCUAGAAAGCUCUGUAGAACUGAGGUGAACUGACAUUUUCAUUUAGUUUAUUAGGGACAGAUUCAGUACACAUAGAGAAUUGCACAACAAUUAUCCACUGCAAUACUGGUUGGGAACUGGGGAGUUUGGAGGCCACGCCAAUGUUUUGGCCUCUUUUUUCUGAGCAGUUUUUUGCAAUGUGCUGUUGCCAUAGGGGUAUGCACUUGGUCUGCAACAAUGGUUUAGGUGGGUGACAUGUGUCAUGUAACAUCUAGAUGAGUGACAGCACCCACGGUUUCCUAGCAGAACUUAAUGUAAUGUAACAAGAUGAUCAAUUUUAUUCUCUUCAUCUGUCAGUGAUUUUAAUGUAAUGACUGAUCAGUGUAUGUGGUUGACCUUAAGUGUGCGUGUGUGUAUCUGUAUAUAUACAUAAACACAUCAGAGACUGGUUAUAAUCUCUGGGUUCAACACCACAAGCAACCCCCUUCACAUUACACAGUCUUUAAUCCAUUGUUAGAAUAACUAUAUUGCGUACUUCAGCUGUAAUUAUCAGUAUUAUUAUAAAUGGGAGAAGAAAGAGAAACACAUCUCCUGCUAUACAGAAAUGCCAUCUGCUGUGUCAAUCAAUGGUAAAUCAAUGUUCCAGGACACCUUUUACGAAAAAAUGAAAUUGUUUGUUUUUCUGUAUAUUCCUACAUUUUCACAAUAAAUACAAAUACCUGUAUGAAUGUACAUAUGAAAGGUUAGAAUCAUGUUGUUAUGACAUUCUGUGCCACUGUCAAGAAAACUUUUACAGUAUAAAAUGACAUAAAACACA